AUGACUUCAACAAGCCCGGAUCGGUUUGAUUUUAUCAUCGUCGGGGCUGGCGCUGCUGGCGCAAUCCUUGCCAGCCGCAUUGCCAGAAGCAAGAAACGCCCCUCAGUGCUCCUGGUAGAGGCUGGUGGUGACAACUCGUCGAAGGAUGUGCGAGCAGAUGCUGAGAGAUGGUUACAUCGCAUGAACCCAUCAGCUAACUGGGGUUACAAAACUACACCGAUCAGAGGAUUCGACGAUAAUGUCAUUGAUUACGAUCGCGGCAAAGGUCUAGGAGGAAGCACUGCGAUUAAUUUUUCAGUUUGGACGGUUGGGCCCAAAGACGAUCACGACAAGCUUGCCCACCUUGUCGGCGACGAUGAAUGGAAGUGGGAGAAUGCACAUGAGCGAUACAAAAGGAUUGAAAGUUUCCAGUACGAGGUGCCGAAACAAUAUGAGAAGUAUUUGAAACCUCGUGUCGAGGACCACGGGCAUGAAGGGCCGGUGAAAGUGGGCUUCCCGCUCGUCUGGGAAGCAUCUGCAAAGACGUUGAUGGAUAUCUGGUAUGCAAACGGCACUAAAUUCAACCCUGACCACAACAACGGCAAUCCAGUCGGCCUAGCGAUGUCUUUUUCGACGGCAAGCAAAGGCGUCCGGUCGACCUCAGCAGAUGCCUUGGCUGACGCACCCUCCAAUCUGCAUAUAUUGAUCAAUACUGAAGUAAUUCGCGUCAAAUUUGACGGCAAACAAGCUGUCGCGAUUGAAACUGCUGAUGGCAGAGAAAUAUACGCAGAGAAUGAAAUCAUCCUCUCGGGUGGUAGCCUCGAUACUCCUCGCUUACUGAUGCACUCUGGCAUUGGACCUGCAGAUCAACUCAACAAAUUCAACAUUCCUAUCCUGAAAGCCAACGAGAAUGUGGGCCAGCACCUCAGGGAUCAUCAUCAUAUCAUGAUGGGAUAUGAAAGAGCUGACCAUACUAGCACAAGACGUGCGUACUACAGCAGCCAAGAAGCUCAAGCAGCUGCACGACAGCAAUGGAGGAAGGAUGGCAGUGGCCCUCUGUCAGAAAUAGCUACCGCCUUGGGAAUCGGAUAUCUCAAGCUGGACUCGCUCUUGGAAUCUACCGAAUUCAAAGACUUGCCUGCAACGGAGCAAGAAUUCCUCCGCAAACCAACAGUGCCACACUAUGAAAUCAUUCUAAAUGCAGCGCAUAUUCCACAUUUCAUUGAUCCAAACUCACCGGCAGGAACUACGAUUUUCGUAUUCAACCUGAACGAACAGUCGACAGGCGAAGUGACACUCCAGUCAUCGGACCCCAAAGUGCCUCUCUUAUUCAAUCCCAACUUCUUCUCCCACCCUUUCGACAAGAGGGCUGCAAUCGAAGCCACCCGAGCAGUGCUCAAAGUGGUCAGAAGUCCGGAGUUCCAGAAAGACACAGUCGCGGUUCAAGAUGCGCCCAAAAGCGAUUCGGACGAAGACAUCUUGCACUUCUGGAAAAACAAGUCGGGCAGUACUUGGCACAUGACAGGUACGGCCAAGAUAGGCAAAGAUGAAAGCGAAGGAGUGGUCGACCGAGACUUCAAAGUGUUUGGGGUUGAAAAUCUCAGAGUGGCCGAUAUGAGCGUGAUUCCCAUUAUCGCGAAGUAA